AUGGACAAUGUUGAUUUACGGGUAAGCUGUGAAAUUGAGGGACAACAGGGACAAACUGAGAGGAUGGAGAAUGUUGAUUUACGGGUAAGCUGUGAAAUUGCGUUACCAGAGGAGAAUGCGGAGUGUGGCAUGCAUGAAGAUGUAGAUGAACAUGAUCAUGUUAAGCCUCUACGGCCUGUGGAACAAACUCAGUUUGUUCUAGAAUGGGAGGAUGGAGCUGGGUUUGAAAAAGGUCAAGAAUUUCGAUCCAAGGAGGCUUUGCGCGUUUUGGUCGACAGAGCUUCACAUAAGGGCUGUUUUGAGGUAAAAACGGUAAAGUCAGAUACAGGGCGACUCACACUAAGAUGCCGGCAAGCUGAACUUGGUUGUACAUGGUAUCUACACGCCGUACGAAUUGUGGAUUCUACGUAUUUCAGUAUUAAGGUGUAUAGGAAUAUCCAUACCUGCUCUCGGGUUGUUUCGAGCACAAUUCGGAAUAAAAGGAAAGGCACACCACAAGUAGUAGCAGAUGUUUUGCGUGGGUGCUAUCCAGGAGAAGUAGACACCCCUGCGCCCAAAGCUUUGAUUAAAGUUGUUCAAAAUGAAGCUCACGUGAAUGUGUCAUACUCUACAGCCUUGAGAGGGAAAAAACUAGCUAUUAGUGAAGUGAGGGGCAGUCCAGAAGAAAGCUAUCGAAAGUUGUAUUGUUAUCUUUACAUGUUACAGCUUGUUAAUCCUGGGACAAUAACCAGUGUGAAACUGGAUGCCAAAAAUAAGUUUAAGUAUCUCUUUGUCGCUUUGGGCGCUAGUAUUGAAGGCUUUAGAGCAAUGAAGAAAGUCAUAGUUGUGGAUGCGACCUUUCUUAAGAGUGUGUACGGUGGUCUGCUAGUAUUUGCCACAGCGCAGGAUCCUAAUCAUCACCAUUAUCCAAUUGCAAUGGGUGUUAUUGAUAGUGAAAAGAUGCUAGUUGGAAGUGGUUUUUUGAAACACUCAAAACUACAUAAGAGCAUCAUUGGAGCAGUGAAGGAGGUGUACCCUCAGUCUCAGCAUGGAUAUUGCAUUUGGCAUUUGUCGCAAAACGUGAGAGGGAAAGCUGGGAUUGGCUGCAAAGAUUUGUGUGCAGUAAAAUUCAGAGAAUGCGCUCACAAAUACACUGAAAGUGAGUUCCUAUGUGCGUACACUGAUUUUAGGAUAUGGUUUCCAAAAGCUGCUGAGUAUUUAGAUGAGCAUGUUGCGGUUGAUAAAUGGGCAAGGUGCUUCUUUAAAGAAGACAAGUACAACUUGGACACAAGCAAUGCAUGUGAGUCUAUGAAUAGUGUCUUCAAGAAGGCAAGGAAGUAUGCCUUAUUACCGUUGAUUGAUGCAUAUGUUGAAAAAAUCUCUGAAUGGUUCAACAAGCAUAGGAAAGACACUGCAUAUGCAUCAGAUUCGAAGACAUUGGUGCCCUAUGUUGAGAACCAGUUGCAUAGUCUAUGUGCAAUUGGUACAAGAUUAUUUGUCACUGAGCUUAACGCUACUCAUCUGGAAUACAGUGUGAUUGGAGAUGAUGGGAAGAGUUAUCUGGUCGAUUUGUUAAGUAAAUAUUGUAGCUGUAGGCGUUUUGAUAUAGACAAGAUUCCCUGUGUUCAUGCAAUAGCCGCUGACAUUGCAAUGAUGCGUUCGGCUGAGAGAAGAAGAGAAAUCCACUUACAUGAAUUGUGCUCAAAAUAUUACCACAUUGAUACUUGGGCCCUGGCUUAUUACAGGACUAUUUAUAUGGUGCCACAUCAGUCUACAUGGAUUAUCCCUGAUGAAAUCCAGAAGUUAGUCGUUUUACCACCGGAUUACACUAAGAAACGUGGAAGAAAGCGAGAUAAGCGCUAUCCCUCUACCGGAGAAGCUCGCCGUAAAGGAUGUAACAAGUCACAACCGGGAAUACAUCUCGGACGUUGGUACAACUAA